GUUACCAUGACAUAAGGUGCUGAUGAAGGUGAGACGAGUAACGUGGAGAGAAACGGGAAAGGAGAUAGAGGGAGUCAAGUCUCCGAAGGACUCAGUGAAGCUUUCCUGAGAGAAAAAGUGGCAAAAAUGUUCAUAAGGAUAAAGUCUUUUGUCUGAAGUAACCCAACCACUCAGGAAGCAGGAUUACAUAACGGCCGCCGGGAGCAGCUGCAGGAUUACGCGGUGCGGAUUAGAGAGCGCGUUGAUUCAGCAGAUUGUCCUGGGCAUGUCCGAGAGAGAUUACACCAGCAGAGUUAAGAGUACCCGUGUGCUGGGGGUAAGCUCUGGGCCGAGUGGAACAAACUAACCCGAUGCAAAACUAAAUGCAAAAAGAAAAAAAAAAGUAAUUUCCCUCACAUGAGCUCAAGACAGAAUCUUAGUCGCAGAACUACGAAUAUGUAGCACGUCUACAAGUAGAGACAUUUGACGGACUUGCAGAAGCCUCAACUGAAAUGUAGUUUCGCCAGCUUCUAUGGUUCUAAGGACACAAAGAACUAGAGAAGCCAUUUAAGGUCCCAUGAAAAACAGAACGGUCUGCUUAUACAGUGCUGUUUUAGAAGAAUAGCCUCUGAUACCAAGAAUAAAAGUUGUUGUCAGAAUAAUAUGCGAACAGAUCAUGAAGAACUUUGUGGCACCAGUUAUGGAUCUUUUUGCCUAAAUGGAGGAAUUUGUUAUAUGAUUCCUACUGUAUCCAGUCCAUUCUGCAGGUGUAUUGAAAAUUACACAGGAGCCCGUUGUGAGGAAGUUUUGCUGCCCAGCAUCAAAUCCCAAACAAAAGGUGACCUGUUCGCAGUUUUCUUGGCUUCAGUUGUUCUUCUAGGAGUUCUUGCAAUUGGAGCAUUCUACUUCCUUUGCAGGAAAGCUUCCAUUCCACGGAGGAGUUCAUUGGAGUGCAGCGGCAACCUGGUUGAGACUACAAGCAGCAAUGGCUGCAACAAAAUAAUAAUAGAAUAAAGCAAUAAAACGGAGGAACGAUGGGAGAACAACAUGCAGAGCAACCAUAGUUAUAUAAGUGGUGUAGAGGAGGGAAUGGUAAGCACGAUGAGAGAAGAAAGUAGACUAAAAUAGGAAGCUUACUGAUGCGCUGGAGAAGACUGCAACUAAAACAUAAACAGUUACAUUUAUUAGAGUGUGCUUGAAUUUUUAAAGGCAUAUCAAAUUAUAUAGAAAUCGCUAUAACAUAUGUUUGAAUUUUGUGAGAUUUUACAUGACAAGUCUAUCUUAUACUAUUUGUACAAAGUGAUCAUAUCUGAUUUGUGAUUUCUUUUUCAACAAUGCACAGAUAGAAAUGUAAGAUAAUUUUGUUUUUUUACUGCAUGGGAAAUAUGAAAUAAUCUUUUCUUUUUCACUGCAUAGGGAAUAGGAGAUAAUCAUAGGAAUUUUUCACAAUGUAAGUAGCAUGAGAUAAUGAUAAUUUCUGAUAGGAUUGCUCUUUUUCACAAGAUCACCCCAGAAGAGUUGAGACUGUCUCAAUUUAGGAUUUUCAGAAUUCAUCCUUGGUAUAAAUGUCCAUGACUGGAUUGUUUCAGAUACACUGACCAAAUGUAGAAAAGAAAAAGUACCUCUCUCCAGCUAAUGCUUUUUUUUUUUCUUUUUUAAUAGUAAGGCAACAUGAGAGUGAGGUACCAUUAUUAGUGUAUUGGCCAGCUUCCUGGCACAAGAUUUUAAUUCAAAUUAAAAGAAAAUAUUAAGAUGAGAAGCUCAUAAUGGUUAAAAGAGAUCUACUGGGCAGAUUAUUUAUUCUUUGUUUUGUACAUGUCCCUAAUAUUAAGCAAGGCACCUUCCUUGAUGGUUUUAUUUUUGCCUUGCCAGUAUCUUCUGAAAAUCUCACUGCUCAGAGAGAUAUAAACCUUGCCUUAAAUUUUACAGUUGACAGUUCAUAUCAUGGAAGUAAGGAAACUUAUUCACCAGGUCCAUUCCUGAACCAAAAUAUUAUCCAGCCAGAUGUCUUGGCUGAACAAGUGAUGCCCUCUCUAAAGAUUAAUUUGUUUUAUCUACAUAACCAUUUGCUGAUCACACUAAUAUAUUGUAUAUUACUCUCUGCGUCCUUACGAGAUUCUCUUACUCAGGCGAAGAGAGAUGAAAUGACAUGGUCUGUCUCUCUUUCUGUCUUGAUGACAAAAAGAAACUGGCAAGGUAGUCAGAGGCAGAGCAAAUAUGAGCUGAACCUUUUUUUUUUCAAUUCAUUUCUAGUGCUGGAGGUUGAGACUAGCAAAAAACAGAUAUGUUUCCAUAAUGGCAUAUUACCUGCCAGCUCACUAUAUGGGACUUAUAAGAUUGUAUUGAAGAGAAAGUUAAUCAAGAAAACUUCAGGACCUGAAAGGAGGAAAAAUGCAGAAUGCAGAUUUCUUAUUUCUGAAAGAAAAAAAAUGCAGGUAUAUACACACACAGGUUCAGAGAAAAAUUUGAAUAAGCUUGUAUUCCUGGGAUACCUACUACAUGCUCUAGUUUCAGGAAAAAUAGUGUGUAUUUUAAAUCAGUGUAGAGAAGAGUGCAGUAAGACAGAGAAGAAAGGAUAUACUGUUACAGCGUAUAAGCUAAGAAGUGAAAGAGAAAGCCAUAUGGUAAUAGGUACUAGAAAACAAAACAGAGAAAUUCAUUACCUUCUGAGGAUUCAUGCCAGAGAAGCUGGGGUCCAAGUUAAAGCUGAACAUCUGCAGAGAGACUCUGAGGACAUCAGAUCAAUCCCACUCUCCGGGGGAGGACCUGAUCCAGACAAGUUCUCGAUUAAGUUCUGCAAAGCUUUGAAAGAUCACUUUUGCCCCAAAUUAACUGCUCUUACAUGUUAUUUUCUGAACUUCAGACCUUUAACAGAUACGCUGAAGGAAGCUGAUAAUGUUGUUUUAAAGGCUAGGAAAUACAAAAGUGAUUUUUUCAUCACAUAGGGACAUGCCACUGUUAACUAUAGUGCUUAGGAAAUGUGCAGUGGUAUUGACAGCUACGUUAGAAUCAAUGUUACCUAAAAUACUGUGCAUAGCCUCAGUGGCAAAUAGUCAGGGAAGACUGCUGUUAGAUAACUUCCAUUAUGUUAUUGAGCAUGGGCCAUUCAGACUUAAUAAUGGUAAAGUUCAGAACAUUACUUUCACUGAAGAAGGAAAAGGCUUGUGUUAAAUGGAAAUUUAGGCAGGAUAUCUUAAUAGAAGAUGCAAGCAGUAAAUGGACUGAAGUUGUACUCCAUAAACUCUUAGAACCCUCUCAGCUUUCCAGACAGGUGUGGAAUACUUAUUCACUGCUACCAAUCUUGUUUGCAUUAUCCAGGACUUGUUUGCAUUAUCCAGAAAAGAAUUUGUACAAAAAAAAUCAGCCUGAUUAAACCAAAACAUGCUUAAAUGCAAACAAGUCAAUUUAUGAAACAAUCCUAUCUUUGCAUGAAAUCCUAUUAAUGAUUCCGAUUCCUUCAAAUCCAUUGCAUUUGUGAACAUUUCAGCUUCUAAAAUGAAUUAUUCCAAUUCACAAGCCUUGUGAAUUUGUCUUUCAGGUCAAAAUGAGAUUAAGCUACAAAUUCAUUUUAGGUUGGCCAAAUGCCACAGAAAGUGCAGGGUGGCCAGCAUUAAAGCUAAUGUAAUAAAAUUGUACAAAGCCACCUAGCAAUGCUUGCUUACAAAAUUAAGCAAGUAGUUCUGUGAGCAGUAAAGCUAAGGAAACAUAGUUUCCCCAUGGAUCAGCUCUUGUGGUUGGAGUCACUGGAGUCUGAAAACAUUAUGCAUAUAUGCAGAGAGCACUAAAAAGAGCUCUCUCUACUUGACUCCUGUUUUCAUGAAACAUAUCAGAUCUUAGCAUCUUUGAAACUAUCCUUCCACCAGUUGAUAAGAUAGGAGGAAAUGAAUGGUCAAAUGGACAUACACUGUGGGACUGUAUACACCUAACUAUUUAGCAACCUCCAUUAAUAUGAUUAAACAACAAUUUAUUAUAGUAUUAUGGCAAAAGUUCUUUUAUACCUGAAGGUCAUGUUUUCCUUCCAGAAUCUCACAGUAAAGAUUUUUUCUUAAUGUGUUAGAGAAACUUUUAGAUUGGUCACAAAACAAAAGAGGAAAACUCUUUAUAGACCUAAAUCAGAGGUUGCUUAUAUAUAAUCAGUAUAUAAUUUUUUUUUCAUUAGUGGCAUAAGUGAACACUAGGGGCAAAGUACAAUGAAAGGAGAAAUAGCUGUUGAAAGAAAAAAAAGAGGAUAUUUCUGUGCUGCAUAUUCUUUUGAUUUAUGACAUUAAAUGUUAAGAGGGAAGACCAAAAGGAAGUCUGCUUGGUAGCACUUCCCAUUCCGAAGGUGCCUUCAGCAUUGUGCUAUCCCUUCACAAUUCACUGCACUGAAACACAUUUCUUUCCUCCUUACAGCCCUUCAUUUAUAAGGAGCGGCAGAGGGGCUUUAGUAGCAUGACUCAUUUAUUUACAAGUGGAGAGCAGAGAAGAAAUGGAGGAGAAUUCUGCUGUAAGGGUGUUCUUAUGGUAGGAGCUACCAGAACUGACCAAAGUCCAGGCAGACAAGGGAAAGCAGGGAGCAUACCUAAAACAAUAAAAAUACCUGUCAUGUUCUCAGCAAAUUCUGUAUCAGGAGGUAUGUACCCAGGGGCAGCAGCUGCUAGCGAGAGCCUUUGCCGGGGGGGGGGGGGGGGUGUUUACAGAUGUGCAUGGGCCACCCAACUCUUCUACAUUAAAAACAAGCAGACAGCCCCAAAACAAAAUCAUGUUCCAAUGGUAUUUGGCAUCCUUCAGAUUUAAAUGACAUGAGGCUAUUUCAGAUACAAACUGGAAAGAUGGUAGAUGAAUUUGGAUGAGAGUUUUUGCUUGUACUGGGACCAUAUUCAAAUCGAGGAAUAUUAGUAAAAACCUAUACGUGUCAUUUUGGGGGAAAAGAAAAACCAAACUAAAUUGUCUUGUGAUUCUCUAGGCAUGUUAGUUAGAUGACCAGGAUGCAUGUUCAUCAUAUUCCUCUCAGAUCUGAUACGUUUUUUUGACAGCUGUAUGUUUAACUGCAGAGAUAGAACAUUCCUAGCUAGAACUAGAGCUACAACAUUCCUGUAUCUCAGAAUAAUCAAAAGAAUUUAGACACAAAUUAUGUGGGAAUUUUUUGUUAAGAUUAGUGAAAAGGGUGCUUUUCUUCCAAGCAAGUUCUGCUAUAGUUCCCACAUUUUGAAAAAAUGGAUGCCAAAAAGAUGGUGGAAAAAAACCAUGUUCUUUGUUAUUGUAUGUAACAUUACCUGCUUGUGUUUAUCCAAAGGAUGUCUGUUCUUGCUUUUCUUGGGAUUGUAACCUGUUCAAUACAGUCUAUAUUUAAGGCAAAAGAGAGCAGUUUCUCAAUAGCAAAGUACCAAAUACAAAUACAAAUACUUAAUAUCGGCAGGUUGCAACUUUGUUCUGUGUUUGGGACUGAUACUCCAAAAAGCCUUUCAGCAAGAAUUAUUUCUAUAGCUAUCUAAGGGUGUAUAAAUAGAACUUGCAAAUGUGAAACCUGAAAUAAUAUCAAGAUAUUGCUGGUUUCAUCCCCAAAAUUAAAACAAAAAAUGAUUUCUAACACUUUUAAGUGCCCCUCUGUGUCAGUUUGUGUAGCAUUUGAGCUCUUUCUCAAUGUACCUAAAAACAGACUGUUCUCAAGUAUCCUCUCAAUAGAAGUAUUGGUAUUUUGACCACAAGUUUUGUACACACAAAUGAUGGGAUUUAAAAACGUAGCUGAGCAUGCAGUGGUGGAAUUUUUAACAGGGCUCAGUUAGGCAAAUCUCUGUUGUACUCACUGUUCUCUCCUUUCUCCGUCACAGCAGUCACUGCUCUGACCGCUUUAAACCAUUCCGCCAUUUUCACCAGUUUUGGAGAUUCUAGCAGAGUUCCUGUUUUUUGGGGGGGGAGGAGGAGAGGAGAUCAGUGUUGUCUCUCACUGUUGCAAUAUGGACAGCUGAGCUAAGACAAGCUUAAUUUAAAAAAGCUGUUUCUAACUCUUGAGAGUUGUGAAAAAUUAUCUUGAAAAGGUGAUAUGAGUGCCACUGAUUCAGUGAUGUGAAUCACUCUGAAACAUUUAUUUUGAGAUGUUUGUGCUACCUGCUAAUUUCAGCGAGGAUCUAGCUGUGAAAAGUAAUGAUAGCAGUAUAUAAAUUGUUUUUUAAAAGUGUUCAGAUGAUUUAGGAGCACAAAUCCUGUUGAUCUGGGAACAAAAUUUGUGCCCCUCUAAAAUUCUUUUUUGAUCAGCUGUUUCUCUACUAAUAAUUCUAACAUGAGUAUCCAGGUAGUAUCAUUUCCAAAUAAUCCAAACCUCCCUUAUGCCUUUCCUUUGAAACCAACAGUUUCCACUUUUCGCUGUAGUUUAGAAUAGUACCCUACAUUGCUAUGAAAUGCAGACAGGCAUAAAACAGUAUAAAUCAGUACGAUGGGUCGUGCAAUGUUUGCAUGUGUUAUUUGCUUGAGCAAAACCUGUAAUUGCGGAACAGGAGCAAGGAGCCAGCCAGGUGCUCCCGAGGCCGGGCUGGCGCCAGCGCCGGGCUCUGCACAGGCAGGGGCUCACGGACAGGAACUAGCCAGAACUCUGGCGCAGGAUUUCAAGUAAGAACUUUGAGAGUCACAGUCUAAUGUUUAUCUGCCCUGCUUUCAUGCACAAAAAAAUACAACUACUAUAUUAAGAGGGAAUGUAUUUUAGGGAUCUACCACAAGCUUAUACAGUAAAAUAAACAACCAAACCAAAGCUCCCAAAUCGGUGUUUUCUAGCAGCAGGGCCAGUAAAAACAAAGCUUCCCUAUGAAUAAUCAUGAAAAAUAAUGACAUGCCGGGUGGAAAUAAUUACUUUCUUAAUGUUUGCAGAGUGCUCUGAGACUAUAAUAUAAAAGGCAUUUAUCAAAGAACAUUUAUAUUUACAUAUUUACUAUCCUUGUAACUUCUCAAAAUAAACCAUGCAAACUUCCAGACUCUA